AAUGGGUAUUACCCAGAGUUCUAAAUUUUAGAAUGCGGAAGAUAGCCAAUUUAGAUUGCUUUCUGUGCCAUCUGAAGGCUAUGUUUGUCUCUCCUGACCUAAAAUGUUUAGAAGAUGGGAUACCAGCAAAGAAAGCAGAAUGGAUUUUGCUGAAAAAUUCUUGCUCGAGAGCCAUGUAUCCUUGCACAAAUUUUGCAGCACUGUUGAAGUUGAAUAUCCUGAAAUGCUACCUAGACUGGUCAAAAACAUCUAUAAUGUGUUAAACAAUGGAUCAUUUGAUGAAUACAGAUAUUUCAAACACCAAGUCAGAUCAUUAAAGUUCAUACAGAAAGACCUGAUUGAUUAUAGAAAUUGCCCUCUUUGCCCACAAACUGGUGAGUUAGGUGUGGCCAUUCAUUCCAUGGAUGCUUGCUUUGGUCUAACUCGCAAAAAGUUGGCAGGGAAUAGUUUUGCCGUCCCAAACCAUGGCUGCCUUAAGUUUGCUGAUCAGGAUGAAGUAGAUGAUUUUGUUGAUCAUUAUAGCAAGUCUAAUAACAAAGUAGGAGAGAGUUGUCAGAUAUUUAAGGCAGGAGAAGUUACAGAAGCACUUCACUCCAAAGGAAAAAUCAACUGUUUGAUGAAAAGGAGUGUUUGGUAG